UGUCGGCACGCACCACAGCCAGCACAACCUUCGUGGACGUCCACCUGCCUCCCUCCUACACCUGAGCUCCGUCUCCAACAGCAUCAUGAGCCGCCAGUUCACCUGCAAGCCUGCAUCGGCCGCCAAGGGGGGCUUCAGCGGCUGCUCGGCCGUGCUCUCCGGGGGCAGCUCAUCCUCCUUCCGGGCAGGGGGCAAAGGGCUCGGCGGGGGCUUCAGUAGCCGGAGCCUCUUCAGCCUAGGGGGCGCCCGGAGCAUCUCCCUCAACAUGGCCAGCGGGAAGAGCGGAAGCUAUGGAUAUGCCCGGAACCGGCCCAGCGGCUUUGCGGGCAGCAUGUUUGGCAGCGUGGCCCUGGCGCCCGUGUGCUCGACGGUGUGCCCACCUGGAGGCAUCCACCAGGUGACCGUCAACGAGAGCCUGCUGGCCCCCCUCCACGUGGAGCUGGACCCUGAGAUCCAGCGGGUGCGCGCCCAGGAGCGGGAGCAGAUCAAGGCGCUGAACAACAAGUUCGCCUCCUUCAUUGACAAGGUGCGCUUCCUGGAGCAGCAGAACCAGGUGCUGGAGACCAAGUGGGAGCUGCUGCAGCAGCUGGACCUGAACAACUGCAGGAACAACCUGGAGCCCAUCUUCGAGGGCUACAUCAGCAACCUGCGGAAGCAGCUGGAGACGCUGUCCGGGGACCGGGUGAGGCUGGACUCGGAGCUGAGGAGCGUGCGUGACGUGGUGGAGGACUACAAGAAGCGGUACGAGGAGGAAAUCAACAAGCGGACGGCUGCCGAGAAUGAGUUUGUGCUGUUGAAGAAGGACGUGGACGCAGCCUAUGCCAACAAGGUGGAACUGCAGGCCAAGGUGGACUCCAUGGACCAAGACAUCAAGUUCUUCAGGUGUCUCUAUGAAGGAGAGAUCGCUCAGAUCCAGUCCCACAUCAGUGACAUGUCCGUCAUCCUGUCCAUGGACAACAACCGUAACCUGGACCUGGAUAGCAUCAUUGCCGAGAUCCGCACCCAGUACGAGGACAUCGCCCUGAAGAGCAAGGCCGAGGCUGAGGCGCUGUACCAGACCAAGUUCCAGGAGCUGCAGCUGGCAGCCGGCCGACAUGGGGACGACCUCAAAAAUACCAAGAACGAGAUCUCGGAGCUGACCCGGGUCAUCCAGAGACUCCGCUCUGAUAUUGAGAAUGCGAAGAAGCAGGCAUCUAACCUGGAGACGGCCAUUGCCGACGCCGAACAGCGUGGGGACAGCGCCCUCAAGGACGCCCGGACCAAGCUGGAUGAGCUGGAGUCCGCCCUGCACCAGGCCAAGGAGGAGCUGGCCCGGAUGAUGCGUGACUACCAGGAGCUGAUGAGCGUGAAGCUGGCCUUGGACAUGGAGAUCGCCACCUACCGCAAGCUGCUGGAAGGCGAGGAGUGCAGGAUGUCAGGGGAAUAUCCUUCCGCCGUCAGCAUCUCCAUCAUCAGUAGCACCAGCGGCAGCAGCGGCUAUGGCUUCCGGCCCAGCACGGUCAGCGGGGGCUACGUGGCCAACAGCGGCAGCUGCAUCUCCGGAGUGUGCAGUGUCCGAGGCGGCGAGGCCAGGAGCCGGGCCGGUGCCAGUGAUUACAAGGAGACCCUGGGGAAGGCCUCCAGCCUGAGCACCCCCUCCAAGAAAGCCAGUCGGUAGAGAAGCUGCCCUGUGCCCCCUCUCACUCCAGGACCCCUACCCACCCACCCACCCACACACUGGUUUCCUUGCUAUGUUCUCCUCAGCUCACUGUCUACCCCACCGCCACCCUGCUGGUCCUGCUCUUGGCCUCUGGGCACCAGCCUUGGCUGACCCACUUCCCCUGCCAUGUCUUCUGAGCCUGGACGGCACUGGGCAGGCACACCUGGUGUCAUUGACCCCUGCACCCCCAAAUCUUCCCCUCCUGCCCACAGUGCAGGUCAGGCCCUGGCUCCUUGGCUGUCUCCUCUUCUAACCAGCCUCUGGCUCAGUCCUAGCCCCUCUGUCCGGCUCCCUGGGUGGGUCUCAGCCUGGGCUGCCCCCCACCACCACGCUGGGGGGCGUGGUCUCAGCUCCUGCCUGCACCAGGAGCUGGCUGUGAGUUCAAGAGAAGGAGGACUGAAGGACAAACAACCAAGAGUGGGCCCCGGCUCAGCCUCGUGGUUCGUUGCGAGUGGGACCAAGCGCAACUCAGCCUCUCUCUCCUCGUGCUCCAGGACCUGGGGGCAGAACAGAGGAGGCAUCGCCACUUCCCCCACGUCCUGACUCUCCCUGUUGCAUCCUCAAUAAACAGCACGAUCUGA